AUGUUAUUCUUACGGAAACCUCAGGUGCUCGGGGCUUUGGGCGCUUUGAUGUAUGGCGGACAGGCUGUUCAGGGAAUUGAGUUGGACCUUUCAGAUUCCAACUCAAUAAAGCAAGCAGCAAGCACAAUUGCCUACGGCAUGAUGACCUACUACACAGGCAAUGAGACGGGACAACCGGUCGGAUUAUUGCCGAGCCCUUAUUAUUGGUGGGAAGCAGGUGCUAUGUUCGGACAGAUGAUUGAAUACUGGUAUUAUACGGGCGACAGUACAUACAACGACGUGAUCACACAAGGCCUUCUAGCACAAGUUGGGCCUGACAACGAUUAUAUGCCGCCAAACCAGACGAAGACUGAGGGAAACGAUGACCAAGUAUUCUGGGCAUUCGCGGUCAUGUCUGCCGCAGAAUUCAACUUUCCAGCCCCUCCAGCAGGCAAGCCUUCAUGGCUCUCCCUCGCCCAGGCGGUAUUCAACGAACAAGCCAGCCGGUGGGAUACUACAGCAUGUGGUGGAGGACUUCGAUGGCAGAUCUUCACUUGGAACAAUGGAUAUGACUAUAAAAACAGCAUAUCGAACGGGGGCUUCUUUCAACUGGCCGCACGUCUGGCUAGAUAUACCGGUAACCAAACGUACGCGGAUUGGGCCGACAAGUCCUACGACUGGAUCAUUCAGACCCCACUGUUCACAAGCAACUACGUCAUCUAUGACGGUGCUGAAAUGGCGAACAAUUGCACUAUUGCAGAUGAGCUCCAAUGGACUUACAACAUCGGCACCUACCUCAUGGGUGCCGCAAACAUGUGGAACUACACAACUGGUAAUUCCACCUGGGAAACCCGCAUCCAGGGCAUGCUGAAAGGCAUGGAUAUUUUCUUUCCUCAACAAUACGGCGGUGGGAAGAUCAUGGUUGAGGUCGCCUGCGAGCCUGAAGUUACUUGCAAUUAUGACCAGCCUUCUUUCAAAGCCUACCUCGCACGCUGGAUGGCAGCCACGACCCAGCUCGCGCCCUUUACCUAUGACACCAUACAGCCCCUUCUCUACACCUCAGCGCAAGGCGCCGCUGGGCAGUGCUCGGGAGGAAACAAUGGUCAGACAUGUGGCAGGAUGUGGUACCAGAACACAUGGGACGGCAAAUCCGGUGUUGGCGAGCAGAUGAGCGCUUUGAGUGUUGUCCAGGCGAACUUGAUCUCAAAAGUGGCGCCGCCUGUCACCCAAAACUCUGGAGGGACUUCGAAGGGAGAUCCGAGCGCUGGGUCGACUUCAGGUGGACAGCCAACAGUCAUGCUCGGUUCCAGUUUGACAAGAACGAUGACAGCUGGGGAUAAAGCAGGCGCUGGGAUUGUAACAGCGAUUAUAUGUUCAGGCUUGUUGGGUUCUUUGGCGUGGAUGACAUUUCUAUGA